AUGGGUGACAGAGACAAGAACUUGAAGGAACUGAAGGAAUUCAAGCCUGGAAACCCAAAGGUGGAAAGAGUGAGAAUCCUGCUGCAUGGACCAGUUGGUGCUGGGAAGUCCAGUUUAAUAAAGUCUAUCAACAGCAUCUUUCAAGGAGAAAUAACAAAUGUAGCACUGGCUGAUUCUGACAUUGGAGGUGACAGUUUCACCAAGACACACAAAACCUACUUCAUAGAGGAUCGAAGUGCUGGGUCCAAGUAUGCCUUUGCCUUCAAUGAUACCGUGGGUUUGGAGGAAAGUGGAGGAGUGAACAAACAAGACAUCCUUCUUGUCCUGAAAGGCCAUGUAAAAGAUGGCUACAAGUUCAACAGUGAGUCCCCUUUGUCAGAAGAUGAUCCAUACUACAAUAACAUCCCCAGCCUGGAAGACCAGGUUCACUGUCUGGUCACAGUGUUGGCAACAGAUACGCUGUCCUUUAUGCCAAAGGAACUGAUCAGAAAACUAAGAGAUAUCCGGCUUGAAGCUAGCAACAUGGGGAUUCCUCAGGUGGUCCUAUUGACUAGGGUGGAUGAGGCUUGUGAGCUGGUGAAGAAGGAUGUGCGAAAUGUGUACACAAGCAAAUACAUAAAACAGCAGAUAGAGAAGUGCAGUGCUCUAUUGGGUACACCAAUGAACUGCAUCCUUCCUGUGAAGAACUACCACAAUGAGCCUGAACUGAUCAAUGACCUUGAUGAGCUGUUGCUGAAAGCCCUGAAACACAUUAUCAACUUUGCAAAUGACUAUACCCAGUUCAGACAGCUUCCCUUUAGGAGCCAGCCCAAACAGCAUACCUACAAGAGCCAGUCCAAACUUCACUUUAACCUGUUUCUGGCAAGUGUCACAGACAUAAAAGCUCUCUAG